AUGGUGCCCUUCCCCGAGGAGCCCGCCGCCGCGCGGGGGACGAGCGAGGCGCAGCCACCAGGUCCCGCGCCCACCGUGGGGCCCGCCCCGCUGCCCGGCCCGGGACUAUCGGACGGCCCCGAGGCGUCCGUCGAGAAGGUGGAGGUAGAGCUGGCCGGGCCGGCGAGCGCUGAGCCCCCGCAGCCUCCCGAGGGCGGCUGGGGCUGGCUGGUGAUGCUUGCCGCCAUGUGGUGCAACGGGUCGGUGUUCGGCAUCCAGAACGCCUGCGGGGUGCUCUUCGUGGCCAUGCUGAAGACCUUCGGGUCCAAGGACGAUGACAAGAUGGUCUUCAAGACAGCAUGGGUAAGUUCUCUGUCCAUGGGGAUGAUUUUCUUUUGCUGCCCAAUAGCCAGUGUCUUCACAGACAUGUUUGGUUGUCGGAAGACAGCUGUUGUGGGUGCUGCUGUUGGAUUCAUUGGACUCAUGUCCAGUUCUUUUGUAAGUUCCAUCGAGCCUCUGUACCUUACCUAUGGAGUCAUAUUUGCCUGUGGCUGCUCCUUUGCCUACCAGCCUUCAUUGGUCAUUUUGGGACACUAUUUCAAGAAGCGCCUUGGACUGGUGAAUGGCAUUGUCACCGCCGGCAGCAGCAUCUUCACAAUUUUGCUGCCUUUCCUCUUAAGGGUUCUGACUGACAGCGUGGGCCUCUUCUACACACUGAGGGUCCUCUGCGUCUUCGUGUUUGUUCUCUUUCUGGCUAGCUUUACUUACCGACCUCUUGUUCCAAAUGCCAAAGAUAAAGAGAGUGGAACCAAAGGAGGCAACCGAUUCUCCCUCUUUUCCAGGAGGAAGUUUAGUCCUCCAACAAAAAUUUUCAAUUUUGCCAUCUUCAAGGUGACAGCUUAUGCGGUCUGGGCAGUUGGAAUACCACUUGCACUUUUUGGAUACUUUGUGCCUUAUGUUCACUUGAUGAAACACGUGAAUGAAAGAUUUCAAGAUGGAAAAAACAAAGAGGUGGUUCUCAUGUGCAUUGGCAUCACUUCCGGGGUUGGACGGCUGCUCUUCGGCCGGAUUGCAGAUUAUGUGCCUGGUGUGAAGAAGGUUUAUCUUCAGGUACUUUCCUUUCUCUUCAUUGGUCUGAUGUCCAUGAUGAUUCCCCUGUGUAGGGUCUUUGGGGCCCUCAUUGCUGUCUGUCUCAUCAUGGGUCUCUUCGAUGGAUGCUUUAUUUCCAUUAUGGCCCCCAUUGCCUUUGAGUUAGUUGGUGCCCAGGAUGUUUCUCAAGCAAUUGGAUUUCUACUUGGAUUCAUGUCUAUACCCAUGACUGUGGGCCCACCUAUUGCAGGAUUACUUCGUGACAAGCUAGGCUCCUAUGAUGUGGCAUUCUACCUCGCUGGAAUCCCUCCCCUUAUUGGAGGUGCUGUCCUUUGUUUUAUCCCCUGGAUCCACAGUAAGAAGCAAAGAGAGAUUGAUAAAACCACUGGAGGAGAAAAGAUGGAGAAAAUGUUGGAUAAUCAGAACUCUCUGCCGUCGAGCUCACCUGGAAUCUUUAAGAAAGAAUCUGACUCUGUUAUUUAAUGUCUUAUAUACCUCCACCAGACUGAACUUGCUUUCAGAAGUUUAAGCAAGUUUUCCUUUUAUAUAAAUUGCAAAUUUCUUAUUUUUUUAAUUACACCCUAAGAAUAGCACAAUAAUUGGGAACUAGAACCUUAUUACUACAAGAACCAUUUUCUGCCACUGAAUAGCUAGCUGUCUGAUAUUUCCAUGAGUGUGGGGGCAGAGACUCUGGUAUAUGAAAACUUACGGCGGGAAGUCAAAUAUUGUGAGCAUUGACACUAUCUCAGUAAAAAGCAACUCUAGAAACUGUGAAGGCUAAUAAGCUUGUACAAAUAUUUAAAAAUACCUCAAGCUAUAAUGAAAGGGUUGCAGUUUGGUUAGGACUGGAAAUACUGUUUGUUGUCUCAUGUGAUGUUUUUAAUUUUGGUAUUUCUGUUUUAAUUUCUUCUGCUAUUUGGAAACUUUUUACAAGAUUUAAGCCUGGAUUCUAGAUAAUGUCAGAUCUACCUAAACCUCAAGUCUGUGUUAAAGCUGCUUGCCUGCUGUUACACAAGAUCUGAAAUUAAGUGAUUCUGUCUUGCUCCGGUGUCGGGGCGCUUCUGGGAGCAGAUGGUAGCACCGUGUUCAGAUGCAGUGCAUGACACGGGAGGGGUCCUGGUCAUAAGGGCGGAGCAAUUCAGGAGGUGGCAUUUCUUCCAUUCACCUUUGUUCCCUUUCGCUUUGCAGUGUGUUUUACUCAAGUAGCCAGAACCCCCCCAAAUUUCUGAACUUGUUUAAAGUGAAACAAUAAAGUGAAAUAGAAUGAA